AUGCGACCUCAUAACCUCCUUCCCUUCCUCCUCCCUCUAACAACCGCAACGCCUAAACUCCAAGACUUCGACGCCCUCGGCGCUUGGUUCGACGGCAUCAACGCUAUAAACACCAUCACCGCCGCCGCCGCCGCUACCAAUGGAACACACAACCCCACAAACAAAAACACCACAAUCGCCAUCAUCGGCGCCGGCAUCUCAGGCCUCACAACCGCCCUCCUACUUGACAGCGUCGGAAUCCAUAAUUGGGAAAUACUCGAAGCGAGUGAUAGGGUGGGAGGACGUUUUCGGACGAAACUCGUAGGGAACACAGAUGAAUGGGCUGAAAUGGGGCCCAUGAGGCUGCCUGUCAGGGUCCGAUAUAACGAUGGCGAGACGGUGGAGUACUCGGACCAUGCGAUGGUGUUUCAGCUGGCGGAGCUGUUGAACAAUAUGAAUGGCAAUGAGAGUCAAUGGAAGAUUGAUUUUAUUCCGUGGAUACAGCAUCACGAGAAUGAGCUGCUGGCACGGGGUACGGGUCGGUUGACCGAUGGGUCUAUUCCGACGAGGAGGGAAGUAUAUGGGAAUGAAACUGGGUUGGGGACCAAGGACCCCAUGACUACUGCCGAGUACGAGAAAACUAAGAGCAAGAUGGAGGGGAUACUGAGUGCGAAGGAGAUGCUGAAGUUCAUUCAGAGGGAUGUGUGGCGAGCGCAUCGGACUGUUAUAAAUCGUGGAUUGGACGAGUGGAGCGAACAGGCUAUGAUGAAACAUGUGUUUAAUGCGAGUGUGAAUGUGACCGAUGCCAUUUGGACGGAUAGUGAUUAUGAUGUGUUCUGGGAUGAGAUGCAUCAUAAUUCGAACCUUGGGUUGGAUGGGAGACCUGGUUCCUUGGGAGAGACAGAAUGGGUUUGCAUUGAUCGGGGGUUCAACCGCUUAUCGGAUGCGUUUUUGCCCCAUGUGAGUGACCGACUAAUGCUCAACAGAAAGAUUCGGAAGCUGGAGGCUGUGGAUGGCCCUGAUGGGCGCAUGCAGACGCGGUUAUCGUGGUAUCCAUCUGUUGGAAAUCGGACCUACGAGAGCAAGACGUAUGAUUAUACCAUUAUGGCGGUACCUUUUACCAUGACUCGGUUCAUGGACUUGCCUAAGUUUUCCUCAGUUCUAGACCGCGCGACCAGUGAAGCUGGGUUGCGGUUCAAGUCUGCCUGUAAGGUGGCUCUGCUCUUCUCGGAGCGCUUCUGGGAAAAAGGUGAUAAGCCUAUUUUCGGUGGGUAUUCUACUCCGCCGAGCAAUUCUGUUGGAGCGUUGUACUAUCCUGUCUAUGGACUGAAUGAGUCCCGCCCAGGCCUUAUCAUGCAUUACCGUGGUGGCGACUGGAGUGAUCGAUUCGUCAGUUUUUCAGAUGAAGAGCAUGUACAGACUGUGCUAGAUGCUGUGGUUUCACUACAUGGAGAACAGGCCCGUGAUUUGUAUACCGGUGAUUAUGAAAGGCUUUGCUGGUUACAGGAUGAACAUACCGCUACAUCGUGGUGUCGGCCCGAUGUUGAGCAACAUCGGCUUUAUAUCCCGGCUUAUCAUCAGACCGAGCAUAAUACGAUCUUUAUCGGGGAGCAUACGGCUCCGACGCAUGCGUGGGUGAGUAGCUCUUUACACUCAUCUGUUAGGGGUGUUGUGCAGUUACUGUUGGAGUUAGGGCUUGUUGAGGAGGCGAAGAGGGUUAAUAAGGAAUGGAUGGGGAGGUGGAUUCGAUAA